UUAUUUAUUGUUGUAAAUUGAUUGUUUAAUUACGUCGUAAUUUUUAUUCGUUUAAUAUUAUGUAUCCUCGAUGUGGAAGCAGUGGUUCUAUUCAAAAUAUCCAUCAAACUCCUUCGUCAUCUAAUCAUAAUUCAGAAGACGAAGAUGAUAGUGGAGAUAACAAGGCUUCAGCUCUAAGCUUUAGAGAAAGGCGAAGAGAGGCCCACACACAGGCCGAGCAAAAAAGAAGGGAUGCUAUAAAGAAAGGUUAUGACUCGCUCCAAGAGCUGGUGCCCACAUGCCAACAAACAGAUGCAUCUGGUUACAAACCAAGUAAAGCAGCGGUUCUUCAAAAAUCUAUAGAUUAUAUUCAAUAUCUUCUUCAACAAAGAAGAAGGCAGGAAGAAGAAAGGAAUGCAUUACGUAAAGAUGUAGUGGCACUACGCAUCAUGCAGGCUAACUACGAACAGAUUGUCAAAGCUCAACAUUCUGUGCCUGGACAUAAUGAACAGAGGCUAACUGAUCAAGAUAAAUUUCAAGUGUUUCAGGGUAUAAUGGAUAAGUUGUUUGAAUCAUUUGAAUCAGUGCCCACAAACAAUUUCGCUGAAUUUUCUGCUGGCGUAUUUAAUUGGCUGGAAGAAUACUGUAAACCGCAAUCAUUAAGGACUUUGGUUCAUGGAGUGUUACGGGAACAAAAUUAUACACCAUAGUUAUAUUUUAUUUUUCA